AUGGAUACAAAUGAAAACUAUCCACCAAAUUUAUAUAACAAAGUUAAUUUAUUAAGAUUUCAAAAACCAGUGACAACACCACCAACGACAAUAUCAAGUGGAUCUGCAUCAUCCACACCUUCUUCUACUGGACCAACUUCGUCUUCAUCAUCAUCAAUUAGCAGAUACUCAAUUAUAGCAAAUUCACUAUCACCACAACAUAACCAACAGCAACAACAACACAACCAACAAGAGCAAGAACCAUACAAUGAAUCAAUGGAGCAAACACCAUCACCUCCGCCACCACAGCAACAGAAAUCUACUAUUAAAAAAUCAUUAACAGAAUGGUAUCAAUUAAUUGAAAGUGAAAUGAUUAAAUUUAGAGAUCCAAACAAUAGAGCACCGGAAUUUAUCAAAUAUCUUACUCAAAUUUUCCAACAAGCAUGUGAUAACCUAGAACAUAAAAACUCUAUAGAAUUUACUUCUAUUUUAUUUAAUCGUGCAAUAUUUCAAAGUGAAUGUGGUGAUGACGAUGACUCAAAAGGAACAUUAAAAUAUAUGAAAGUUUUAAAAAUGAAAAGAUCAGAUAUCUACAUAUUAUUGGCAAAAUUAGAAAUGAAAAGUUUUAAUUUCUCAAAGGCAAGAUCAAAUAUUAAUCGAGCCAUUCAAAAGAAAAUAUCACCCACCAAGGAUCUAGAGGAUUUCUUAAGGGUCAUUGAUAAAGAAGAGGAGGACUUUAAAAGAAAUGGUGGUAAUAAUAUGAAUAUCUAUAGUACCAUGGAAAAUGACCAACCAAUGGUAAUUAAUCUCCAAUCCUCAUUUAACCAGCAGCAACAAUCACAGCAGCCAAUGAGUACACCAGUUCAUUCGAAUAACUUUGCCCCUUCCAAUUCAUCAGUUUUAACAAAUAGAAAUAGAAUCUCUACUUUACCAACACCCACAUCAAAGCUAUCAAUUAAACCAAUUGGUUUAACUUCACAACCCUUAAGAGUAAAAAAUAAUUCAAAUUUAAACAAUCAAUCAAUAGUUAUGAUGGAAAGUGAUGAGAUGGAGGAUGAUACCAAACCAACCAAAAAAGAUCAAGAGUUUGAAAAUAAUGAAAGUGGUGAUGACGAUGAUGAUGACGAUGACGACGGCAAUGAUAGUGGUGAAGACGAUGGUGAGGAGUAUGAAGAAAAACAAGAAAAUCAAAUAAAUCCAUCAUUUAAUCAUAGUAACUUAUCAAUAAAAAAUAAUAAUAAUCCAACAUUUAUACCAACUAUAACACCAACAGCAUCAUUAAAUAAUAAUCAAAACAACAACCAAAAUAAUGUAUUAAUAGAUCCACAACAAAGAAGAAGCUCAAUACAAAAUCAAAGAGCAAAUAAACCACCAGUAAUUCCUCCACCAUCAAAAAUUAAACAACAACAAGAACAACAGCAACAAAAGCAAUUACAACAACAUGAACAACAAAAGCAACUAUUACAAGAACAACAAAAGCAAUUACUCCAACAACAACAACAACAACAGCAACAACAACAACAACAACAAGAAAUACAAAAACAAAAUCAAGCCCAAGCAACAACAGCUCAACAAAAACAAAAAUCAAUACCACAGCAACAACAGCAACAACAGCAACAAAGCUUUGAGGAAAAUUUUGAUAAACAAAAAUCAUUCGAAAUUGCUAAAAGUUGGAGUGAAGUUGCAAUGGUAAAUAAUAAACCGUAUUUAAGAAUCGAAUUUAUAGGUAAAGGUGGUAGUGGUAAAGUUUAUAAAGUUUUAAGCCAUGAUUUAAAAAUUUAUGCAUUAAAAUAUGUUUGUUUAAGAUCUGAUCAAAGUGAAAUCGAAGCACAAUUAAAUGAAAUAGAAAUGUUAAAAAGAUUAAGAAAAAGAAUUAAUAUUAUUCAACUAAUAGAUUAUGAAGUGAACAUUUCAAAGGCAUAUAUUUUAUUGGUUUUAGAAUUUGGAGAAAUCGAUUUAUCUAAACUUUUGCAAAGACUUCAAACACCAACCAAUGUUAAUUUCAUUCGUAUUUAUUGGCAACAAAUGUUACAAGCAGUGCAUACAAUUCACGAAGAAAAAAUUAUCCAUGGUGAUUUAAAACCAGCAAAUUUUGUAUCGGUUCAAGGAAGUCUAAAGCUAAUUGAUUUUGGUAUCGCCAAAGCAAUUCAGUCUGAUGAUACUACAAAUAUUAUUAGAGAUAGUCAAAUUGGUACCAUUAAUUAUAUCUCACCAGAAGCUCUAAUCGAUACCUCUCAAGGUGCUGGCUCUAAGCAGUGUAUGAAGCUAGGUAGGGCUAGCGAUAUUUGGUCUUUAGGUUGCAUUCUCUAUGAAAUGGCCUUCGGCUAUCCUCCAUUCAAGAACUUUUCAAACAUGUUUAUGAAGUACCAAGCAAUUAUAAACCCCAAUCAUAUAAUCGAAUUUCCUAAACAUCCAAAUGAAAAUUUAGUAAAUGUUUUAAAACUUUGUUUAAAGAGAAAUCCUCAAGAAAGACCCACAAUUCCAAAACUUUUAGAGCAUGACUUUUUAAAACUUUAA